AUGGCUUCAGAGAAAGCAAAAAGAGAAAAUGUUCAUCCUGCUAUUCAUAUAAAAAGUGUUGCUACUGCUCCUGGUGAACAUCAGCCUGCUGUUAAAGUUGGAGGGUUGGAGUUCUCUAGUGGAAUGCAGCAACAACAAAAAGAUUGUGACACACAAAGGGACAAACAUUCUUCUCAUAAUGUUGAUCAAGGAAUUCGAGGAGAAGGGCUAGGAGGUUUCAAAAUUGAAUCACAUAGGAAAGUAGGUGAAGAAGGAAGAGUCCAUGGAGGGAUUCAUCCUCAAGAAGAAGGUAAUAAGAAAAGAGCCGAGAGAAAAAAACCCGCACUAACACCAGCUGCUGUGCUAACUGAAAAUCCCGACGAAAAGGCAAAGGAUUUUGGGGCGUCAGCGUUAAAUAAUGCGAAAGAAUCAGCUAGUCACGGGCAUGGUGCUGAAUGUUACAAUGAAACAGCACUAGGUGCACAAGGUAAAGACACUGUUGGUCAUGGUGUUAGAAGUGGCUCUCAGUAUGUUGCUGAUAAGGCUGUAGCUGCUAAAGACACUGCCAUUGAAAAAGGUGCACAAGCCAAAGAUGCUGUCAUCCAUGGCGCUCAGAUUGGAUCCGAGUAUGUAGCGGACAAGGCCAGAGUUGCAAAGGACACUGCUCUCGAAAAAGGCCAGCAAGCUUAUGGUGCAACUAAAGAUACCCUAUCGGGUGCAGGACAAACAACAAUGCAAUCAGCACAACAGACUAAAGAUUACACCCUGCAUUUUUGCGGGGAGUCGAAAGAUUAUGCUGCCGAAAAGAGCAAGAAUGCAGCAGGAUACAUCGGGCAGAAAGGCGUCGAGGCAAAAGAUGCCACUGUGGAAACAGGGAAAAGCGCGGUAGGGUAUGCAGGGGAAGCAGCUAAAACCGCGAAGGAUAUGGCGGAAAUGGGAGCUUUUGGUGCUGCACAUUAUACAGCAAAAGGAGCAGCCGCGGCUACAAAAGCCACGGCUGAUGUUGUUUCUAGUGCUGCAGGGUAUGCAGGGGGGAAGGCUGUCGCCGCGAAGGACGCCGUUGCUGGUGCUGGUAAGAGCGCGGCGGAGUAUGCAGGGGACAAAUUGGCUGCUGCUAAAGAUUACGUAGUCUCGGCGGAAGAAGGUGCAGUUGAUUAUGCAGGUAAAAAGAAGGCAGAAACUGAGAGACAACUAGAAGGUAAUUCCAAGCGAGAAAGCGGAGGCGGAGUUUUUAGAGGAGAAAAGGAGGACGCAGAGGAGGGCGGAGAGAGCAAGAGCAAGCCGGUGUUGCAGCAGCAGCAGGGAGGCGGUGGGGUGCUGCAAGCAAUUGGUGAAACUCUGGUUGGAAUAGGGAAGACUACAACAGAUUUUGUUGCUGGUGGGAAUAAGCUAUCUCAAACUGGUUAUCAACAGGGAAGUGAAAAAAGGGAGUAGUAGAAUAAACAAGUCCCAUCCAAAUAAAAUAGCCCAAGUAUUAGGCAUUUUGGCCUCUUUUUGAAGUUUGUUUUACAUAUAUCAUAGUAAUAAUAUAGUUGUGAAAGGAAGUACAUAUGUUUGUAUUUUGUUGCCUCCUAAAACAAGAAUUAUGUGAAAAAAGGGAGUUGCGUGAAACUUGUGUAUGUAUUUUCUUGGCUUCUAAAGCAAGAAUUAUGUGGAGAAGGGAGUUAAGUGAAACUUGUGUAGGUAGCGUAUUCAGGAUUUUGAUUUUGAGAUGAUGAUUUUGAGAUGAUGAGUGUAUUAUUACAAAAGCAAGAAUU